AUGGUUAAUCUUAAGGACGCUUUACGAUACGUCUUCCAAGAGUCGAGUUGUUUGGGAUUACAACUCAAAAUAGGAGUCAGUAAGCGUUGGAUUGUUCAACUCACUAAAAGGGAACGUAGACCGGGUUUAGACCGUCGUACUAUACCCUACUGA